AGGGGAAUGCGCACGCAUGCGUUGAUAUGAAAACGUUUGCAGAUUAGCAUUUCCGGGAAACAGAUCAGUCUUUCCGGUUAACGACACAUCCCAAGAUGGCGGUGCAAAUUUCCAAGAAGAGAAAGUUUGUCGCUGAUGGUAUCUUCAAAGCUGAACUGAACGAGUUCCUCACAAGAGAGCUGGCUGAGGAUGGCUACUCAGGUGUGGAGGUUCGUGUCACCCCAACUAGAACUGAAAUCAUCAUCUUGGCUACCAGGACACAGAACGUGCUUGGUGAGAAGGGGCGUCGUAUACGUGAGCUGACUGCAGUCGUCCAGAAGAGGUUUGGCUUCCCCGAGGGCAGUGUGGAGCUGUAUGCUGAGAAGGUUGCCACUCGUGGUCUUUGCGCCAUUGCCCAGGCAGAGUCUCUGCGCUACAAGCUUCUCGGGGGUCUCGCUGUCCGCAGGGCCUGCUAUGGUGUCCUACGGUUCAUCAUGGAGAGCGGGUCCAAGGGUUGCGAGGUGGUGGUCUCUGGAAAGCUCAGGGGCCAGAGGGCCAAGUCCAUGAAGUUUGUGGAUGGCCUCAUGAUCCACAGUGGAGACCCCGUUAACUACUACGUAGACACCGCUGUCCGCCACGUGCUCCUCCGCCAAGGUGUGCUGGGGAUUAAGGUGAAAAUCAUGCUGCCCUGGGAUCCCAGCGGUAAGAUUGGCCCCAAGAAACCUCUCCCUGACCACGUGAGCAUCGUGGAGCCCAAGGACGAGCAGGUCCCCUCAACGCCCAUCUCUGAGCAGAAGGGAGCCAAGCCGGAGGCCGCUGUCGUCGCACCUGCCACACCCGUCCCAACAGCAUAACCACGAGGGACCCCACGCCAGCAUCUCACAUUUUCAAUGACCUGAGCACUAGGACCAUGCCCCAGGAUUACCUGACAUGAUGACUCCUUGCUGUCCCCAGUCCAUCUGACCGUGCUGCUGCUCCAGUUUCAACUGUUCUGCCUUAUUAUUAUACGACCAUGCUGGUCAUUUAUGAACAUUUGAACAUCUUGGCCAUGUUCUGUUAUAAUCUCCACCCGGCACAGCCAGAAGAGGACUGGCCACCCCACAUAGCCUGGUUCCUCUCUAGGUUUCUUCCUAGGUUUUGGCCUUUCUAGGGAGUUUUUCCUAGCCACCGUGCUUCUACACCUGCAUUGCUUGCUGUUUGGGGUUUUAGGCUGGGUUUCUGUACAGCACUUUGAGAUAUCAGCUGAUGUACGAAGGGCUAUAUAAAUACAUUUGAUUUGAUUUGAUUCAAGCAGUGUGUGAAAACUAUACAUCACAUUCUUGCAUCCUCUGUCCUUUUUUCCUUCACUUUUAGCCUCUCCUUGAAAAUACAUUGGAGCCUGAGUGGAGGAACUUUCACUCCUCUCCAACCAAUGUGCUUUGAGAGGGAGAUGAGGAAUGGUGGAAACAAGGGGAGAAUCUCAAUUUAAUUUCCUUUAUUCAUCACAUCCCCUCUCCUCACUUCCUUCUCAAAACCCAUUGGAUGAGAAGAGCAGAGGGGAGAGACCUCUGACUUUUUCAUCCAGUGGGUUUUGAGGAGAGAGCAUGCAACGAAUCAAGGAAAUGCAAUUGAGAUUCCCUCAAGGACAAAGGAAGCAAGUAUGUGACAGAUAUUACAUUUUAUUUGACAGUGCCUGGCUGACUGAGCUACCAUAACACCCAUGGCCUGUACAGAAACAACCCCUAGCCCCUACUGCCCAGAGUCGGGACACUUAUGAAGAUCUGAGAGGGAUUGAUGGCUGGUGACACGGUGACAGCUCCACCUUACCCUCUGAUAGGCAUGGUGGAAUUUUGCAGGUAUUGCUUAAACCUGUGCAAUUCUCUCAGAUCUCCUGAAGUGUCUAGGGGUAGGGGUUGUUUCUGGACAGGAACCCACAAUCCUUUAGGUGUGGACCUACUGCACAACACUUAAAGCAUUGAUUGGAUGUUUAAUUAAAUUGCUAUACACACAUAGAUUUGCACAGGUGUAAACUGGACACACCCACGGCACCCUAUCAGGCUGAAUAGACAGGUCUGGGUAGCUGGAGACCUGCUGUAAACUGUGAAAUAAUAUGUACAUGUCUACUAUUCACACCCAAGCUUAAUUUCAGCUAAUUAGAUGUGCAACCACUGACUAUAUGUUUUGUCUGUAUAGCAUAAUUUAAGAUUACCAAUGGUUAGCUUGGUAGCUAAAAUAUAUCAGUUAGCUAACCAUUUACAGUAACAGCAGUUAAUUAAUUAAUAGAUAAUAGAUAACAUAAUGGAAUUAGAAGGGUGACCUCCUACUUUGAAAGAACGGGAAGUGUUGGCUGUGCACUUGACCAGAUAUUCGACAUUUAAUUCCACCCACAAGUUUUUUUUGUUUUAUAUGCAAAAAUAUUUUUGUUCGAUUUCCUUUUAAGAACGAACAAACAACCCGUUUUCACGUUCCCAAUUGCUCCGUUUUAAGUCGAGAAACAAACGAUCAAAACGUACAUAUUAUCCACUAAGUAUGCUUAUUAUCUUGACUACAUAGACACCAAAAUGUUCUGUCAAACCUCAAGAUCAACAUAAUUCCCGCAUUUUGGCUGUUGUUAAAUCGCGUGCAGUAUCACACAAGCUCUUCAUCACUUGCCUGUCAUUCAGAAAAUCCUUUCCUGAAUCAGCUGAUGUUGCGCGCGAUAAUGUCCGCGUGUAACUAAACAGCUAGACAUCAAACACACAUCAAACAAAUAUUAUGUGUAAUUAUUGAAUGACAUUAAAGAUUUUAGUUGUAUUAAACAUAUUAAAGUUACUCUUUCUGC